UGAUGAAAGAUGGUAGUACCAAAUUUAUACUCGCGAUAGCGGGCAGCAGCGGUGGCACGAACGCAAUGGCGGCUGUACCAGCUUUUCGUGCUCCGAGUAGCGACGAGGAGUCGUCCGCUUCGCCUGCCCAGAGCAUUUUUGUGACCAUGAUUUCGCCUGGUGGACCAGUGAACUUGGGUGCAAGCACUAGCGGCACCAGUGGGAAAGGCCCUCGAGUUCACUGGUCCGAGGCGGAAACAUGGUCACUAAUCCGACUCUGGGAGGACAACAUCGGCGAACUCCGGCGUCAAAGGAGGAACGCCGGAGUUUACGAGACCAUACGCCUCGGUCUGGAGAGGCUGUCCAUCGACAAGACACGGAAACAAGUGAGCGAUAAGAUCGACAACCUCAACCAGACAUACAGAUUCCUUGGGGGCCUGCCGGUGAACGACCCAAGCUUAGUGGACGACUCACUACCUGGAGAUGCUUUGCAGGAACCUGAAGACAUCUCUCCUGAGGAGUCACAGGAGACGGUGGAUCCUCCUGAAGAACUUGCAGUGGAACCACAACAGAAAAAAAAAAAAAAAGUCUUCCUGCAAACAGGCAGACCUCGUCAUGUUGGUCCUCGAGGAGCAGAGGGCGCAGAGACAAGAACUUCGAGAAGCGAGGGAAAGAACUCACAGGGACCGGCAGCGCCAGCUUGCAAUCAUGCAGGAAUCGAAUGACCUGCAGCGAGAGUUCCUCCAGUUCCUAAAAUCGAA